AUGUCGAAAAAGGAAUCUUCUAAUAAUACAAGAAAUUCAUCUACUAGUCACAAUCCAAGGCAUGAAUAUGAUAAGGCAUUAUCUGGUGCAUUCAAAGCUAUUGUGAACCCAUACAUUGAAGUGAUACUACAGUAUGAGGUCAACUCUUUGUAUGAAAGAUGCAAGAAGGCACGGGAGGAGAAACACAAAGAGGAAGAGGCAAUAAGGACAGUUGCAGAGGAAUUUAAUUCUUAUCAAGCUGCUGACAAAAGCAAGAGCACGGAAUUGUAUAGAAUAUAUAUGCGUCACGCUCUUGGGACAGAGAUACAAAAGUAUGAAGCAAAAUGGGCUUUAGAGGACCUUAUAGAAUAUUUAAAUAUAUUAAGCAGGACAGUUGGGAGAUGCCUUGACAUUGAUACUAGAGGACAGGUUUAUAUAAGUCAGGACCUUAAGGAGAAAAACAAGGACCUUCAGUCUUUCCUCGUUCAAAUGAGAGACGCUGUUAAUGCAGCUUUGAUUAACAAGGCAAAAAUGCUGGGGACACUACAAGCAGCUUGUAAAGCACUGAAAAUACUUGCUUCUACUGGCAACAGUGAACAAAUAGGCCAAGUUGAAGAAAUCUAUAAAGGAAUCCUUGAAUCAGAUGGGGAAAUGCCUUCAAAGGACGACUCACAUGGAGCAAUCCAGAAACUCGAAUCAGGAAAGGAAAAGAUGAAACGAUAUAAGAGGAAAGCUGAGGCUUUUCAAGUAAAAGGAAGUGUUCAUGAUAAGUGCAAGGAAGCACGGGAGGAAUUUAAGAAAGCUACUGAGGGGAAUAACUAG